GGAGGAGGAGGAGGAGGAGGAGGAGGAGGUGAAGAGGUUCCUGUCGAGGAAAUGGCGGAGCGUCUCUCCCAAACAGAGCUGCUGGUCACUCAGCUGAAGGAGAUGAUCCGAGAGAAAGACGCCUCACUCCGCUCCAAAGACGACCAACUAAAGGUGGAGAAGGAGGCCUGUGAAUCCAAACUGUCGAAGCUGCGCCUGCAGAGCAAAGCGAAGGUGACGUCUCUUAACGCUCAGCUGGAGGAGCUGAAGAAACAACAUGGAGGCCAGGGAACGCCAACACACGGCAAAAAGGGCUCGUCAGAAGGAGAGCAGGCGAGUCGAGGGAAGAUCGUCCUGCUGAAGAAGAAAGUGGAGGAACUGGAACAUCAGCUUGCAAAAAGACAGGAGGAACUGGAGAAAAAGAGUAAGGAGGUGGAGUUUCAGCGGCAGCGAGGCGAGGAAAUCGACAUGAUGCUGACGGAAAAGGACAGGAAGCUGGCAGAAAAAGAGGCGUACAUCGUUCACCUGCAGUCUGCUCUGUCAGGAGAUCAGCCCAUCACACCUGCACCACAACAACAGGUGUCGGAGGAGGGCGGGGCGAUGCAGGAUCUGCAGCUGCUGGUGCAGAGCCUCACCAGGAAGGUGGGGGAGGCGGAGGAGCGCUACAGUCUCCUUCAGGAGCAGAGAGACAGCUUCAGAGAGCUGCUGGACUCAGAGAAGGAGCAGUACACUGAGAAGGAGAACAUGUUCAAACAGAACAUCCAGACCUUCAAAGACAUCAUCAUUCAGAAAGAUAACCUGCUGACGGAGAUCAACCAGAUCCACGAGCAGGAGCUCUUUAAGCUGGCAGCAAAAUCUGACGCCAGCGCAGACAUAGAGCAGCUUUUGAAGGCUCUCAAACAGAAGCUCUAUGAGAAGGAGGAGGUGCUGCUGGGAAAAACUCAGGUCAUCGAUGUCCUCCAGCAGGAAGUGGACGGCAGGGACCAACAGAUAAAGGAGCUCACGGAGCGUCUCCGCCGGCUGCACGUGGAACGAGAGAGUCUGGAGUCCAAGAUGGAGGCGGAGAAGCACGUGAUGCGAGCGCAGCUGCGAGACCUGAUGGAGAAGCAGCAGGCGGAGGUGCAGCGAGUGAAGGAGGAGCUCCAGGAGCAGAUGGAGCAGAAGCAGCAGGAGAUCAGGAGGUCUGCUGCACCUCCUACUCACAGAGAGGAGGAGGAAACAGGAAGUGAUUCAGCCUCCAAUCAGAGGAUAGCAGAGCUGGAAGGCCGAGCCAAGAAGAAGACGGAUGAGGCGAGCAGAUCGGAGACAAAGUUCCUGAAGAUGAAAGCCUGGUCCAAAACUCGGAUCAGGCAGUUGGAGGAGGAGCUGAAGAAAAGCCAGGCGGGAGGUGCGCCCCCGGACCUGAACGCCCUGCGGAGUCGCAUCACAGCGCUGGAGGAGGAGAGGGAGGAGAACCUCUGGAAGGUGGAGCAGUACGAGGAGCUCAAAGCUAAGAACGAAACGCUGGAGGCUAAGCUGGAGGUGUACGAGGAGCAGCAGAGGACCCUACAGGCCGACCUGGAGCAGUUCACCAAGAGGACGGCCUCUCAGGCGAGUGAGUCGGGCAGCGCGGACGACACUCAGAGUCACGUUCUGGAGUGGCAGGAGAUGGUUUCUGAUGCCGUCAGCGCCAGAGACCGGGCCAAAGAGGAGAAGGCUGCCAUGGUGCUGCGGAUCAGCCACAUGGAGGAGGAGAGGGAGGCACUGGCCAGCCGGCAGCAGGAGUUGGAGGAGGAGCUGACUCAAGCUCGGGGUCUCGGCCAACAUCGGAGCAAGAAGCUCUUGACCCCCGCUCAACGGAGCCUGCAGGAGGAUUUUGAGUUUGACGGGCAGACCCCCUUCCAGGACCCUCACGGUCCUUCGGAGAGCACCACCCAGAUGGAGGGAGAGAACAUGGGAGGUUGGUGGCCCGAGUUCAGUUCUCCUGACACAGACGGUCUGCGCUCCGUUGUGGAGGAGCUGGAGCUGGAGAGGAACCAGCUGCAGGAGCAGAUCCUGAGUCUGGAGGAGCGCUGCCAACAUCUGGAGGACCGACUGCAGCUGCAAGCUCGCAUCGAGACGCUUCAGAACGAGUCGGAGAGACUUCAGAGCCAGCUGUCCAGCGUCCGGAGUCAACAGAGCCGAGACGCAGAGAAACAUCAGCUGCUGGUGAGCAGCCUCAACGAGCAGCUCAAAGGACUGAGCAACACGCAGGAGUGUCUGGAAAGCUCGCUCAUCGAGAAGGAGAACACGCUGGCCAAGACGUCGGAGAAACUGGAGCUCAUCAACGGCCUGCGAGAAUCUCUGAGUGACAAAGAAACUCAGUACAAAGACGUUUCUGACAAGCUCCUCCAGACUGAGCUCACCCUGGAGAAUGUUUCUCAGAAGGGCGGCGUCUCAGAGAAACAGUGCUCAGAGCUGAAGUCAGAAGUGAUUGACGUCACUCAGAAGCUGAGCGUGUUAAAGGAGAAGGCCCAAAAGCAGGAAGUCACCAUCGAAACUCUACAAUCUGAGCUCGAUCAGACCAACGAGGAGCUGGACAAACUAAAUUCCGCCCACUUAGAAGAACGAGCCCAACUCAUUCAUGACCUUCAGAGCUGUGAGCGGGAAAUCGACAGACUUAAAGAUGUCGUAUUGGAGAAGGACGAAGAGAUAUCAACGCUCUCCGGUAACAUGGCGGAGUACGCGGAGCAGGUCACGAUGAUGAAGCAAGACAUCAAACUCAAAGACGAGACCCUGGUCCGUGUGGAAACUGCUCUGAGUAAAGUAGAGCGGGAAGCCAUGAUUCUCAGAGAGUCGCAGACUUCAGAGCAGAAAGAUCUGGAUGGAAAGAUCACAGAGCUGGUGGAGAAACUCAAAGACACUGAGAUGGAGCUGCUUAACGCUAAAAAGGAAAGCGAGUGUAAGGUGACUGAAGUGGAACAUCUGAUAAGGCAAACUGAAGAAGAUAAAAAAACCAUUCAGGACCUUCGAGGGGAGAUCCAGAAGCAGAUCGUGAGCCAGCGUAACCAUCUUACUGAAUGUGAAACGCAUAUCGCUUCACUUCAGGAGCAGCUGACUUUAUCCACACAAAAGCAGCAGGAAUCAGAAGCACUCCUUCUGCAGCUCAAAGACAAAAACACCAGCAGCGAGCAGAUACAGCAGCAGCUUAAUGACAAGGAGCAAACGUAUGAGAAAGAACUGAAAUCGUCCAAGGAGGAACAGAACAAACUCUUGGCUCAGGUGGAGAAAUACAAUCACGAAAUGCAGACGUUGUCCAACCAGUUAGAGGUGCAGGUACAGAGUGAGGAGCACAUCAAAAAGGACAUACAGGAGAAACUGGAAACCAUAGCAACACUGGAAAACAAACUGAAGAGCACAGAUAAUCAGGCUGAGGAGGAGAGGCAGAACUUCAACACUGAGAUGCAAAACCGUGACUCAGAAAAGGAGAAACUGAGCAAUGAACUCGAAAGCAAAUCUGAAAAUAUCUCCAAACUCAGAGGUCUAUUAAAAACCAUGAAGACGGAGAAAAAGCAGCUGCAAGAUAAACUCAAAGGGCUAACAGAGGAGCUGGAGCUACAGAAGCAGAAUGCAAAUGAACUGAAUGGAAAGGUCACGUCUGCUCUUGAACUCAACAGCAGUCUUGAGAAGCAGGUAGAUUGCCUUACGAAAGAGAAAGAGAGACUUGACAUGGAAGUAACGGAAAGCGUAAAAAGUAUUUCCGAAGUCUCACUUGAAAAGGAUUCCUUGCAAGCCAAAGUAUCCGCAUUGGAAACUCAGCAUUCACAAAACAACGCAAUAAUUGAAGAGCUACAAAGGGCUAAAGAAGAUUUGACUCAUCGCAGAAAUGAGUUGAAUAAAGUUCUUGAGCAAAGCACGCACUCAACCUCAGAGGUCCUCUUAGCGAAAACAAAUGAAUGUAGUAAUCUCAGCCAGUUACUCAGGGAAAGGGAGGACAAGGUGACACAUCUGCAGGAAGAAGUACAACGUGUAUCUUCUAAGGUAGAGCAGCUUCAGCAGGACAUGGCAGAAAAAGACCAGGUUGUAAUAGAGCAUCGAGCGCAGAUAGAAACCCAACAAAACCAGCAAACACAACUUCAGGAAACUGUUUCUCUGCUGCGAGAACAGGAGAAAGGUCUGAAGUCUGGCUUAAUGGAGAAGGAUACGAUAUUACAAGAGAAACAGGAAGGGUACGACAGUUUGCAGAGUGAAAUUACACAACAGAAAGAUAUUGUUUCUAAGCUACAAGCAGAAGCUGAAUCACAAAAUGUGGACCACUUAAAGCUUCGCACGCAGAUUGAAGAGAAAGAAGGGAAGUUGAAACAAAUGACGCAGCAGUGUCAAAAACAAAAAGACAAAGUCAACGAUGCUAACAAAUCUGUUAAGUCUCUGAGUGAACAAAUCCGUGUCCUGGAAGAAAAGGCCGGACAGCUCGAAGCUGAAGCUGAACGCAGGCAAAUGGAGAUAGCUAGCUUAAACGGCAACAUCCAGGCAAUACGUGAGGAAAACCAGCAACUCCGUGCCGCUUGUGAAAGCAGAGAAAUGCAGCUUUCUCAGCAAACACAACUUCUAUCUGAACUUGAUGGACGCCUUAAAGCGACUCUUGAACAGAACUCCAGUUUUAGCGUACAGAUUAGCAGCCUAACAGAAAACAAUCAGAGACUACAAGAGGAGUUAGCGCAGAACAUCAAAUCUGUUUCUGAGCUAGCCACUGAGAGGAAGUCACUCCAAGAACAAAUCUCUGGGCUUCAAAGUCAAAUCUCGGAGAAGCAGAAGAUUAUUGAAGAGGUGUUGAAUGAAAAGGAGAUGCUUACUGUUGCAGGAGAUGAAUUAAAAAAGAUCCUGCGGGAAAGCGAAACGUCGAGCUCUGCAGGUUUGCUGGAGAAAACGAGUGAAUGUGCCAAUCUGUUGAAAACGUUAAGGCAGAGAGAAGGACAACUUCAAAGUCUAGAAGAGCAACUCGAUGCCUUUAAGAAGCAAGUCAGUCAGCAAAGUUCACAGUUGGACGCUCAGCAGGACCAACUGCUGCAACUUCAGGAUACGAUAUCAAUGCUUCAGGAACAAGGAUCUGUCCUCAAGUCAGGGCUGAUGGAGAAAGACAAGAUGUUGCAGCAGAAAGCAGAGGAGAGUAGUUUCUAUCAGAAUGAAGUUGUGCAACAGAAAGCCUUAAUAUCACAGGUGCAGGGUGAGUUCGAGUCACUCAGGCAAGAGUGCUCGGAGGCGAAACAGCAGAUAGAGCAAAAAGAAAAGACUUUAUAUAACCAGAAAGACGAGCUGGACAAACGAAGCGAGUCGGUGAUCUCGCUCAGCGGUCAGCUCGGUGCCGUGAACCAGAGCGCUGCAGAGGCAGAGGUUGAGAUUACAAACCUAAAGCGUGCCGUAGAGAAACUCACUGCAGAAAACGGUCAGAAAGAGGAGCAGAGGAAAGCAGAGAUCAUCGAUUGUAACGAUAACAUUCAAGCACUGAAUGAGCAGAAUACAAGAUUGAAAUCUGAGUUUCAGAAAACAGUGGCAGAGUUGUCCAAAGCACAGGACGAGGUGACACAUUUCAAAACAGCCGUCUGGGAUGUGGACAACAAACUUAAAACUGUAGACUCGGAAAAAGAUAGGCUUAAUUUGGCAAUGCAAGAAAAACAUGAUUUGAUCCAGAAACUCAACAGUAGGAUUAGUGAGCAGGAGGAGCAGCUGAAACGGAACGAAGACAACAAUGUCAGUUUAAAAGCAAAGGUUUCAGAGCUUGAAGAAUCUGUGUUUAGACUCAGAGGUGAAGUCGAUAGUCUUUCUUCAGAGUCUUCUAUCCUGAAAACUACUUUGGAGAAAAAAGAACAAUCAAGUCUUGAAUAUCAAAGUAGUUCUUCAGCUGCCGUCGAAAACCUCAACUCAAGUCUACAAACCAAAGAGGUGGAGUGUGAGAGCUUGAAAGAAAAGAUGUCCCACCUUGGGGAAUCGAUCACAAAGCUCAACAGCACCCUCCAAGUUCAGAUGUCUGAAGCAAAACAUCUGAGAAAGGCCUUGGGAAAAAAAGAGUCCGCUCUUCAGGAACAAUCAAAGACCCUUCAGGAAAUCCAGAGACGAUCCGAUGAAGCUUUGCUCUUCAAAUCUCAGUUCAUGGAAAGCACAGGCUUGGUGUCACAGCUACAGAAUCAAAUCCAACUGCUGUCCACCGAGUCUGCAAACCUCAGACAAUCAGCAGAAGAAACACAAAGUGCCUUUAACAACCUACAAGAGAAGUAUGCAGCUAACUUAGAGGAGCUGCAGGAUGUGAGACAGCAAGUGUCCCAAAGGACUGAUGAGGUGUUAAACCUUCGGAGGUUAUUGGACGAACAUCAGACGGCAAAGACGAUGGUAGAAACUCUGAGAAAUGAUUUAUCUGAGACGCAUCACAAACUCCAGAAAACAGAAGAGUUUAACUCCAUUCUGUCAAACGAAAAGGACGAGGCGUUUGCUUCUCAUCAAGCAAGCGUUUCACUGCUGACCGUCGAAAUAGACAGACUCAAAUCACAACAUCUUCAAGUCGUGUUACAGAUGAAUGCUCUCACAGAAAACGUUGAGCAGAGGGAAAUGGCUCUCCAUGCGAUUAACAGUCAGUACACAUCGCAGGCCAAACACGCAUCCCAGCUGGUGUCGGAAAUGCAGAAACUAGAACAGCAGAAUAAGAGGCUAAAUGAGGAGAUUAGUUUGUCAAAGAACGAGCACCAGAAGCUUCUUACGGCCGUCAGUAAUGAAAACACACAUUUACAGGAGGAGGUUAGGAAACAUCUAGCAGAGAAGGAGGGGCUGGAAAGGAGUCAUCAUCAAAUAUUGGCCUCCCAGGUUCAAAUGGAGCAGCAGUCCAGCAGCACAAAGGAGAAAAUGACGUCCGAGAAGGAGAGCCUUCAAGCUAAGGUUAGUGCCAAAGAUGAGGAAGUUUCUCAAUUAAAAGAAAACAUUCACAGGAUCGAGCAAAUUCUGCAGGAUUCUGAGCAAGAGUGGCUCUUAGUUUUGGAUAAAGAGAAACAGGAUAGGAACAUACUCGCAGAACAAUUGCAAAGUGUUGAAAAUGAAAUGAAGUCUAAAGAUGUUAAAGUUAAUGCUCUGAAAGGAGACCUGGACAGUUUGCAGGAGAAACUAGCAGAGGCUUCAUCUGCGAUUAGGCAGGGGUCUGAUCAACUGCGCGCCAAAGAGCUGGAGGCAGCAGCAUCCAGGAUCCAACUGGAGAAGGUUUUAGCUUCGUUCCAGGAAAAGGAUAAUGACAAUGAUAAUUUGCAACAGGCUCUAAAAGCGGCAGAACAUGAGUUACACAAACUUGUAGUGAUCAGGAAUGGUACCAACACAGAUUUGUUAGCUAAAGGAUCAGCAGAUUUAGGGACAGAAAAGGCCUCUUUAAAGGACAUGAUUACACAAUUACAAGAAAGUCACCAGUCGGAGGUAGCUGCUCUGAAACAUGAGUUGGAUAACACCGUGACACAAUUACAAAACACCCAGAACACACUUGAGAAAGGAGAGAGGAGUAAUGAAGAAAAGGGUCAACAAAUGUCACUUUUGCAAGAGAUGGUCGAGCAUCUACAGACAAGGCUCAACGCUGAGUCAGAGAAAGUGAAAGAAGCUUCUGUCAAACACUCGUCUCUACACUUUGAAUCACAAGAGAAAUAUGAGCAGAUCAACUGUUUGAGCAUUCAGAUAAGUCAGCAGAAGGAGCUUCUUGCUGGACUCAGUCAGCAGUUAAGGGAUAAAGACGCAUCCAUCGCCCAACUCAUAGAAUCAGCCUCAAAUGAAAGGGUGAAACUCGGUGAGGAAAAAUCAUCUCUAACGGCACAAUUGGAAAGCAUGGAGCGGGAACACAACACCUCCAUGAAGAAGCUUGAAGAGAUGUCUCAGCAGUUAGAGGAACAGAUUUCAAGCUCUCACAGUGAAAUAGACACCAUGAGUGCAGAGAAGAUCGAGCUGAUUAAGAAAAACGACGAUCUAAAGAGUGAACUAGCCAAGGUGUCUAAAGAGAAAGACGCAGCGAAGAAGAAGCUCCAAGCUGCUCUCGUUGUGAGAAAGGAUCUGAUGAAGAAAAUCGAGCGAUAUGAAAGCCAGAAAGAAGAGAGUGAAAACAUUAAAACGGAGGUUUCACUUUUACAGGAUAAAUUACAGGAAGUAAAUAAUCAAGUCCAGGCGUCUGCUCAGAUAUAUGAAGAACAUGUGUCAGUUCUUGAAAAGAGACUUCUUGAGAAAGAAGGAGAGAUUCUUGAACACAAACUUGGAAGUGAAAGACUUGUGGAACAAUUACAGUCGGAAAAACAAGUCUUGAAAGCCACACUCAACGAGAAAGAACUUUGUUUGUCAGAAACUUUGCAAACGCUGAAUGAGAAAAGCUCUCUGCUGGAGAAGCUGCAGUCCACUGCUUCAGAGAGGGAGGAAGCAUUCGACCAAGAGAAGACAAGCUGGGUGCAAAAAUUAGAAGACCUUCAAAAUGAAAUAAAGACAUAUCAAGAUGAGAUAAAGGUCAGAUCGUCCUCCACAUCUACUGCUGUUGAUUUAGAGAAUGAGCUUGCUCAAAUCAAGCUUGAAAAGGCAAAGCUACAGAAAAAGGCUCAGGCUGCCUUGCUGGCACGCAAAGAGACCCUGAAGAAAGCUCAAGAAAGUGAAAAUAAAUUAACUCAAGAGCUAGCCGAACUGAAAGACGACUACAAGGCUCUCCUGGAGCAGCGCUGUCAGCAGACCAAUGAGUUAAACGCCGUCCAGUUAGACUUCGACGAGAAGGUCAGGGAACUGGAGGAGCUCCAUAAUAACUCUGUGUCUGAUCUAGAUGAGCUUAAAACCUUAAGACAGCUUGUCGAGGAGAGGGAUACAACUCUCCAAGAUCUCAAGAUGGCUCUGGCGGAGAAAGAGAGCCAGUGCCAUUCUCUUUCUAACCUGCAGAAAGAGCUGGAACAUGUUAAAUCCAAAUGUGAGAGUAUGUCUCUUGAGAUGGCAAGAAAAGAAGAGGUAGAGAUUGACUUGGAGAAAGCUCAGGCAGAAGUAACAGAGAAAACAGAAGAAGUUGAGAAAUAUCUGGAAACAAUUAGAGUUGCUGAGCUGCAGAGCCAACGGGAGAAGCAAGCUUUAUUGAAUGAAAAUACAUCUCUGGAGACCCGUCUGAGCAUCGCUGAGUCUGCACUGGAGGAACGCAUGCACGCAAAUGAAGGAAAAUAUCUACUUUUGAUGGAGGAGAACAAGGCUCUUUUGGAGAACAGUAAUACGUUGAAGGUGGAACUCGAGACAACAGUUGAUUUAGUUUCACAGAAAUCCUCAGACGUUUCAAACGUACAAAAGACUUUAGCAGAAACACAGCAGCAGCUCAGUGACGUAAGAGGCAAUUUGACUGAGGAGCUUGAAAAAGCACAACUUCAUUGCACUGAAAAACAAUCACAUUUGGAUUUGUUGAAGCAAGAAAUAGAAAAUGCUUACAGAUUAAUAGAUGAGCUCCGAAAUGAGGUAACCACCCUGGAUAAGCAACUAAAGGAGAAAGUGAAUGAGCAGGUACAUCAGAACAAGCCUGACAUGUAUGCCGAUGUUAACGAAGAAGUCGUAAGCUUGUCUUGCAAAAGUGCUGAAAACUUUGAAGUGAAACUAAAGGAGAGAGAUGAUGCCUUGCUUGUUUCUCAGGCUCAAGUUUCGGAAAAGGAAGAACUAAUUGCUGCACUUGAACUGCAAUUACAACAACAAAUGAAAAUAAAUGAAACCACCAUUGAAAAGAUGAGAACAGAGUCUGAUGAGUUUCAGAAAUCUCGAGACAAUGGCGGCAAAAUGAAUAAUCAGGACAACCAAAGCAAAGUUGCUCUCCUAACCAGGAAACUUCAAGCAGCUUUACUUUCCAGAAAAGAACUCUUGAAGGAAACUGCGAUGCUAAAGGAGGAAGUAGAAAAGCUGUCAGAAAAACAUGUAGCUAACGAAGCCGACUACUUCACUCUGGAGGCAUCAGUGCUGAAGUUAAAGCAACAAAAUACGGACUUGGAAAGCUCUGUGUCAUCCCUAAACAAGGAGAGAGACGGGCUGAGGACUCACGCUGACGGCAUCUUAAAUGAUAAUCGCAGUUUAUCCGCAGCCUGUGAAAGCUUGAAGCUAACCAUAGAAAACACCACACAGCAGAAACAGGCUUUCUCCUGCCAGCUGGAAUCUCUUAAAGACUCUCAAACAGACGAGCUUACCAAGUGGAAGUCAAAACACGCCGAGCUGAAACAAGAGUACGAAUCUCUUUUACAAGCUUAUGAAAAUGUGAGCAGUGAAAUGGACAAGAUGAGACAGCUUUUGGAAGGGGCUAAAAGAGAUAGGCAGGAAGCCCUCAGGAAAAUCCACAAACAUGAAUCUGAGAUGGAGAUUCUGGAAAAGCAAGCGAGAGAGAUGGAGGAAGAAAAUGGAAGAAUUACAGAGAAGAUGCACGUAUUUUCCAAACAGAAACGGCAGAAGAUUGAGGAGCUGGAGGAUGAGAAUCAGAAAAUGAGAAAAGAGCUGACUGAGCUUGAAGAAAACCACAAAAUGGCGACGUGCGAGAUGACUGUAAAAGAUCAGCAAUUAGAGACCGAGAUUUGCCGACUUAAAGAGAAUCUCACUGAGUUUGAGGUUGAAAAUAACCAAUUGUCAGAAAAGCUUGAAGAAGCCAGCUGUUCAUUGGAAGUGAAGCACUCCAAAUCAAAUGACUACUCAAACAACAUGCAACUAAAACUUGAUGAAGCUCUGAGUUUGAAUAACUCACUGACAGCUCAGAUUGAAUCCCAGAAAACAGAACUCGGUGCUCAGUUGGAAAUGUACAACUUGUUACUGAAAGAGAAGCAACACCUUUCUGGAAGAAUUGAGUCGAUACAGAAUGAUCAGGAAGCUCAACUGGGACAGAAAGAUGAUGACAUUAAAGAGCUCAAAGACAUAAUCAACAGACACAAUCGAGAAACUAUCAACCUGAAUGAGAAGGUGAGAAUCCUAGAGGAUGAUAAGUCACUUCUGCAGGAGGAGCUUGAAAAUGUUCAAGAGAUUUCAGACAAAGUUAAAAAUGAAAAUGAAUAUUUGGAAACUGUGAUCCUCAAGAACACUGAGAGGAUUGACGAUCUGACCGAGUCGGUCUCUGUGUUGCAAACCCAGAACAAGCAGCUGUCCUCUCAGCUAGCCGUCAGCAAAGACAUGAGCAGUCAAGUUCGCCAAGAGAAAGAACAGGAGCAGCUGAAGUUAGUCCGGGAGUUUGAGGAGAAGCUGAAGACGGUUCAGCGAGGCAGUGAAGGCACUAAAAAUGUGAAGAAAGAACUGCAAGAGCUUCUCAAAGAAAAGCAUCAGGAGAUCAAUCAGCUUCAGCAUAACUGCAUCAAAUACCAGGAACUGAUUUUAGAUCUAGAGAGGGCUCUGAAGACAUCUCGGUCAGCCCGUGAACAGUCUGAGAAAGAAAUGAAGAAAAGCUCGGAGAAAAUGGCGGUAUUAGAGGAGAGAAGUAAACAAGUUGAAGCUGAGCUGAUAACACAUAAGAAUCUCCUCCAGGAGGCCACAGCAACGAUGUUGAGUGUCGAGUCUGAAAGAGAUCAGCUGGCUCUGGACAUGUCAGAGGAAAGUAAAAAGUUUGAGGAUCAGCUCAUAGAGAAAAGACAACAACAUAUAGAUGAGAUGCAAUACAAUUCCUACAUGGAGAAUCAAGUCAUGUUACAGCAACAGAUUGAUGAUCUUAAGGAGUUAAAGGAGAAAGAAAGUCAGAAGGUGAAUGAACUGAGGCAGCAGCUCGACUCUCAACAUCUGCAGAUAAUCACUUUCAAAAGAUCAGCGGAGACGGAUGAGGCGAAGCUCUCGGCUUUAUCUGCCACUCCUCAGGGAGCAGAUGCUUCCAAACUGUGGAACGAUUUGUACCAAAAGACGUUACACGAGAAAGAUAACCAGCUCCUAGAACAGGGUUUCGUGAUCAAACGAUUCCUGGAUGACAUGAGAGUGAAAGAUAAAGAGAUGAAUGAGGUCCGAGUGACCAAGUCCAGACUGGAGAGGACUCUCAAUGAAUACUCUAUGGCCGCCGCCGCUCAGCAGAGACAGCUCUUCAUCAUGAGCGCGAGCAACGCUGAAUUUAGUGAGACUGCAGAGCUCAUGGAUGUGCAGGUUAGGGAACUGGGUGCGCACGCUGAUAGAUUAGAAAAAGAUAAAAGCGUUCUAAACCGAGAACUGGCUGACAAAGAAGGUAUCAUUUCUCUGAUGCAGCUAAAUCUACAACAAUUAGAGAAGUUAAACGAAGACUCGGAUGCUCAGCUGCUCCUUUUACAGUCUGAAAAUGACAAAGUCCAAGCUGACUUUGAGAAGCAAGAGGGACUUUCACUGCAACUCAAAACACUCCUGCAUAGCAAAGACUCUGAGAUCUCCUCCUUACUGUCGUGUAAAGACGGACAGAUGUCAGGAUAUCUAGAACAACUCCAGACCAAUUAUCGUACCCAGGUCGCGCUUUAUGAGGACCGGUUAACCUCUUCACGCUACCAGAGAGAAAAGGCUGACCAAGUGUUGAGAGGUCUUGAAGCAAAGGUGAAAAGUCUGCAAAUCCAAGUUACCAAGUCUAGCCAGGAAAAAGAGCAGAUGGCUGCUAAGAUGGAGUCCUUUAAAAACUCGAUGGCGUCUUUACAGAGUGAACGGGAGCGAUUGAUGUCAGAAUACAGAAUACUUGAAGCAAAGAGUCAGUUAAGUUUCAUGGGUAAAGACGGCUCUGCCGACGGGGAAGGUGGCGCCACCAAAGGCCUUAAACAUGAAAUAAGGAAGCUGUUGCACCAAAUGGAUGAUCUCAACUCUGAGAACGCUAUGCUCAGGGCACAACUGGUGCGCUACAGAGAGGAUUUGAACCAGGUUUUAUUCCUGAAGGACAACCAGCUGAAGAUCCUGCUAAAGAAGCAACAGGAUGUGAUCAAAGACCUCGAAAGCCAAAAGGCGGCAGCAGAAAAACAGCAACGAACGUCUCAGUUGGAACUUCAAAAGGAAGAAGAAGCAAGCAAUACUUUUAAAGCAGAGACCUUGAAGCUAACAGCUCAUGUCUCAAAUCUUGAAGCUGAUGUUGUUACUCUUAAAAAGGAAAAAGUCUCGACGAAUAAAGGCAAAGUGAUUAGUGAUUUGCAGGAAGCAGUGGCAGCCAAAGCAGCUGAAUGUAAUGACCUCCAGCAGAGAAUUCUCUCUCAGAAACUCCUCAAUGACGAGCUCAAGGAGAAAAUGCAGCUGUUGGAAAAAGAAACGGAGAAAAGCCUUGGUGAAGCUGAGGACAAAUACAACAGUGAGCUGGACGCCUUCGAGCGCGAGGUGGUGCUGAUGAGAAACGAGCGAGAGACGGCCGAUGGACGAGUCGCCGAUCUCGCGAAAGAUCUCUUGGAAAUGGAGCAGCAGCUAUCGGAGGCUAAAACACAAAGCAAAAACACCAAGGCUCAGAAUGAGUCCAUGGUUAAAGCCAUGGUCGCUCUGCAGGACGACCGAGACCAGCUCAUCGAAGACUUCAAGGUCCUGAGGAACAGAUACGAUGAAGAACUCAGAGAGACUCAGGCAGCUUUGAACAACAUGGAGCGCAGUCUGCAGGACGCCACCUCCGACCUGGCCAUGGUCGCCAAAGAAAGGGACAUCCUAGUACAGAAAUUAAAAGCUUUGGAGAACAAAGACGCGCACGCAGAGCUCAGCAAGUUGUUGGAUGAUCUGUCGAAGGAGUUGUCCGAGAAGGAAAGGGACUUUAAGCAAGUGGUGCAGGAGAAUAGCACCUUCAGCAGGCAGCUGUCGGCGUUCUCCAGAUCUAUGGCCAGCCUGCAGAACGAUCGCGAGCGGCUGAUGGAUGAUUUGACCAGCGCCAGAAAAGAGGUGGAGUCGAGGCAAGGGUCAAGCCCAGAGAGCGUGGAUCGAUCUAAAGGAAGUGUCCUGCAGAAUGAGAGGGAAGCGCCGCAGGCGAUGCAGAAGAUGGAGAAACUCCAGCAAACUUACGGACAAUCGCCUGAAAAGGAAAUCAUCAGCUACCAGGAGGAAACAGCACAUCUGAGAUCCGACACAGAGCGGAGGGACACACUGCCAGUCAAAGAGAGCGUGCUCCUGGCCGGUGGGAGUGGGUGGGAGGAAGUUGUUCGUCAGCUGGAGGCCGAGAGGGUCCGGCUGCACGGAGAUCUGCAGCGCUGCAUGUACGAGAUCCAGCAGAGAGACCUGUACCUGCAGCAGCUCAACAUCAAGUUGCAGCAGGCGAUGGAGGAGAAAGGUGGGGUCUCGGCUCAGUUAAGAGCCGUUUCCCAAACCCUGAGGGACACCCAGACGCGCUGCCACUGGCUGGAGAGCCAGGUCCAGAACCAGGCUCAGGGGGCAGUGUUUGCUGAGGUUGCACCUGGAGCCCCCCAGGAGAGGAGCAACACCUCCAUGAUGUCUGACACUGCUGAAAACACUCAGCUCCAAGAAAGGCUGCUGGAGCUGGAGCAGAGUUUAACAGACGAGAGAUCGAGAAGAGAGACGGCAGAAGAGGCUCUACGACUCGCUGAGGACCGAGCCAAGAGUGUGAGCUCCAGUCCGAGGGAUUUCAACAUCGAGAUGGAAACAGAGGAGGAGUGGGAAGCUCUGAGUCUGAACCCGAACCAGCCCCUCAUAACAAGAAAGGUGAAAGGAGGCGUGGUGGCGUGUCGCCGCUGGAUCAGGGGGCGGAGCCUCUACUUUUCGCGCCUGCUGACGAGCCGCGCCCGCUCUCGACAUCUCUUCCUCUUCUACCUGCUCUCCGUCCACCUGCUGCUCCUCAUGUGCCUCACCGGCGCCCUGUAAUAGCUCACAGAAACAUCAAAGUAAAAGUCCGAUUUUAGCUCAUACUACAUUUGUAUAUCCUCUGUGUGUGAUAACGCAUGGUGAAACACUACGAGAGCCGCACCUACAUUAGUGGAGAGGAUGUAAAGUUACGUUUUGCAAGGUUUUAUGUGAAAUCCUCCACAAAAUGUAAUGUAUUUUGUAUUUAUCAGAUGUUUUUUUGGUACAAUUUAACAGUGAGUUUCCUUUAAAUUAACACAGAGGUUUUUCUUUACAUAUUAUUAAGUAUUUUAAGCCUUAAAAGUAUGAUAAUAUCCUCUUUCCCUUGCUGUAUUAUUUAGGUGCUGUCUUCAGUUUGUUUUAAAAUCCAAGGAAGCAAGACGAGGAAAUAAAGUUUAAUUUUUGAC